AUUCUCUCUCUCUCUCUUUAUAUAUAGUUAAUCCAUUUUCUCAUAAGACCAAAAAACCUUGUUUUAAAUCGGCGAUUAAUUCAAUGUCGACGUGGACUCGUGAAGACAACAAGUUAUUCGAAGAGGGUCUUGUUUUAUACCCUGAAAACAUCGGCGAUCGGUGGCAAUUAAUCGCCGAUCAUGUACCUGGGAAAACACAAGAUGAUAUAGUGGCUCAUUAUGAGGAUCUUGUUCAUGAUGUAUGUGAUAUUGAUUCGGGUCGGAUCGAAUUACCCAGUUAUACUGAUGAUGACCCGGUUGAAUUGGAUCAGGUUUCGUUUGGGUCAAAUAAUAAGAAGAAUUGUGAAAUUGAAAGGAAAAAAGGUACUCCUUGGACCGAAGAAGAACACAGGUUAUUCCUUAUCGGGCUGGACAAAUACGGGAAGGGUGACUGGAGGAGCAUUUCAAGAAAUGUAGUGAUAUCAAGGACGCCAACACAAGUGGCAAGUCACGCUCAGAAAUACUUCAUUAGACAGCAGGCGAUGAAGAAAGAACGAAAAAGGUCUAGCAUCCAUGACAUUACAACUGCAGUGGAUACCAACGCAGUACCUCCUCAAAGCAGCUUUCAGAAUCAACGAGGCAGUCAAAAUUUCAACUUCACAAUGUAGGAGGUGAGUACUGAGUAGUAGGAAACAAAACGAACACUCAUACCUGUACAUAGAAGGGCCACCUGCAAUCAACGUUCGAACUUGUAAAGUUUACUUUUUCUAUUUGACAGUUGAUUUUAAUUAGUGAAUCCCGGAGCUUAAAGAAUGGGUAUUUUCUCCCGAUGUUGGCAGAACAGUUAAUGAAAUUGUUGGUAAAAUGGUUUAAGAACAGAAUGGUGCUGAACUAUUUUAGCUUUAA